AUGGCUGCUCCAAUUUCCACCGUUGCGGAGAGCAAAGAGCUCCGGGGGUUGAACCUCAUCGCCGCCCAUUCGCAUAUCAGAGGUCUUGGUGUGGAUGUGGACACUUUGCAGCCACGGGGUUCAUCCCAGGGUCUUGUAGGCCAGGAGAAAGCUCGCAAGGCGGCAGCAGUGAUUCUACAGAUGGUAAAGGAGGGCAAAAUCGCGGGACGUGCUGUCUUAAUCGCCGGUCCUCCUAGCACUGGAAAAACUGCUCUUGCGAUGGGUAUGGCCCAAUCGCUCGGACCAGAUGUGCCUUUCACAAUGCUGGCAGCCUCUGAAAUCUUCUCGAUGGAGAUGUCAAAGACCGAAGCUCUCACCCAGGCUUUCCGGAGAUCGAUUGGCGUACGAAUCAAGGAGGAGAGCGAAAUUAUCGAAGGUGAAGUCGUGGAGAUUCAGAUUGACCGGAGUGUCACUGGGGGCAACAAACAAGGAAAGCUCACAAUCAAAACCACCGAUAUGGAAACUAUCUACGAUAUGGGUACAAAGAUGAUCGACUCAAUGACCAAGGAACGAGUAAUGGCAGGAGAUGUGAUCUCAAUCGACAAGUCUUCCGGCAAGAUCACAAAGCUCGGUCGGUCUUACGCUCGCUCGCGUGAUUACGACGCCAUGGGUGCCGACACCAAGUUUGUCCAGUGCCCGGAGGGAGAGCUUCAAGUCCGCAAGGAGAUUGUUCACACCGUUAGUCUGCACGAAAUCGAUGUUAUCAACUCGCGCUCACAAGGGUUCUUGGCUCUUUUCUCUGGUGAUACUGGCGAGAUCCGCAGUGAGGUACGAGACCAGAUCAACACGAAGGUCGCAGAAUGGAAAGAAGAAGGCAAGGCAGAAAUCAUUCCUGGUGUUCUUUUCAUUGACGAGGUUCACAUGCUCGACAUUGAAUGCUUUUCCUAUGUCAACCGCGCAUUGGAGGCUGAACUAGCACCUAUUGUUAUCAUGGCGAGCAACCGCGGCCAGGCCCGUAUUCGUGGAACUACCUACACAUCUCCCCACGGUCUCCCACUUGAUUUCCUUGAUCGGGUUGUUAUCGUGAGCACGCAUGCGUACUCGGGAGAUGAAAUUCGCCAAAUCUUGGCUAUUCGUGCCCAAGAAGAAGAAAUCGACCUCUCCCCAGAUGCACUAGCUCUUCUGACUAAGAUCGGCCAGGAGUCAAACCUCCGCUAUGCAAGCAAUAUCAUUACUACUUCUCAUCUCUUGAGCCAGAAGCGCAAGGCAAAGGAAGUCAGUGUUGAUGAUGUCCAACGUAGCUUCCGUUUGUUCUACGACCCUGGCCGGAGCGUCAAGUUCAUCAGCCAAUAUGAGCAGCGUUUCAUCGGAGAACAGGGUGGAGUCAGCUUCAUUGCUGCUAACGGCGACGCCAUGGAGAUUUCAUAA